AUGACGCUCACGCGCGACGAAAACGACACGAAUCACCAACCCACGGAGACGAGUCCCCUCCUCAGUGACCUGAAUGAUGGAGCCGCCGCCCCCGCCCCCGCCGCCGCCGACCCAGAGAGCGCGCAGCCAGGGGUUCCAGAGACGGGAGCCGACGACGAGAUCGCGCUGGCCGAGGAGCCUUCCACGACGAAGCUGGUCGCGAUUAUGGGGGCGACGUGGAUUGGGGUUUUCUUUGCUGCGUUGGACACAACCAUCGUCGCGACCCUCACAGCCCCAAUCUCCUCAUCCUUCGACUCCCUCUCGCUCCUCUCCUGGCUUGCCACAGGCUACCUGAUCGCCAACUCAGCCUGCCAACCGCUGUCGGGAAAACUGACCGACAUCUUCUCUCGACGAUGGGGGCUCAUCUUCUCCAACGUCUUCUUCGGCGCCGGCACGCUGCUGUGCGGUCUCGCACCGUCCGCGGGCGCCAUUAUCGCUGGGAGGAUCGUCGCGGGCGUCGGCGGCGGCGGGUUGACGUGUAUUGCGACAUACAUCACCAGCGACCUCGUUCCCCUCCGGCGCCGGGGUCUGUGGCAGGGUUAUGGUAAUUUGGUGUACGGGCUGGGCAUGGGUCUUGGGGGUGUGUUUGGCGGUGUGUUGUCGGACAAAUUGUCCUGGCGCUGGGCUUUUCUGUUACAGGUUCCCUUUAUCGCCGUGUCCGGCGUCAUGGUCGUGUUUCUGGUCGACAUCCCCGUCAACCCGUCGACGCGACCGGCGCUGUCGCGCAUCGACUUUUUAGGGAGCGGGUUCCUGGUCGCCAGUUUGGUCCUGCUGCUCCUGGGUCUCAAUACCGGCGGCAACCAGCUUCCCUGGUCGCACCCUUUGAUCAUCGCCGCGCUGGUGCUCUCGGUGCUCACGCUGCUCACCUUUAUGUACCUGGAAUCGCAACCGCGCUGGGUCCCCGAGCCCGUCCUGCCGGUGAUGCUCAUCGCGCGCACACGGACCGUGCUCGCGGCCUGCCUGGCCAACUGGUUCGGGACCAUGGCCGCCUUCCUGGCCAUCUACUACGUGCCCCUGUACCUGCAGAUUCGGGGGCUGUCGGCCACGGCCGCGGGACUGCGCGUCGUGCCGCUCGCCGCCGCCACGUCGCUGGGCAGUCUGGCGAGCGGGUUCCUCAUGCGCGCCACGGGGCGGUAUUACGCGCAGAUGGUCGGCGUGAUGGUGGUCUUCGUCGCGGGCCAGGCCCUGAUCUGUUCCUUCCAACUCGACACCCCAAGCUGGAUGACGUUUGUGUUCCCUGCGCCCUUGGGCUUUGCCUAUGGCGGCAUGUUAACUGUCACACUGGUCGGCAUGAUCAGUUCUGUGGAUCACGCCCACCAGGCCGUCAUCACCGCGGCCUCGUACGCGUUUCGCUCCACGGGCUCCACCAUCGGCAUCACCAUCGCCGGCGCCGUCUUUCAGAACAUCCUGACCAAAGAGCUGCGCGCAGAUUUUGGGUCCUUGCCCGGCAGCGAAGGUGUUAUUCGCCGCAUCCGCGACUCCCUCGACGCCAUCAACCACCUGCCUCCCGGAUGGGAUAAGCCAACCGUCCUCAGCAUCUACAUGGAUGCCCUGAGGGGCGCCUUUCUCUCCGGAUUGGGUCUGGCUAUCCUGGCUGCCAUUGCUGGCCUGGGCAUGAAGGAGCAUAUCUUGCACAAGAAUCUCGCGAGGAAGUGA